CGGUAUGUACACAGUCUUGCACCUUUUGACUUUUAUUUCAUAUAUCUUCCUUUUUUGAAGGACAUUUCUAGUCUUUUGAAUGAAUGGUUCAACACUGUGAUUUUUGUGUACCUAUUCAACGAUUGGAACCACGAUAACCAGCAUGUUGCUGAAAUGGGUGUGCUAAAAAGGAGUGGUCGUGUCACUUCCAGAACCAGAAGCAGAGAAAAGAGGUGGCAGCCUGACGGAGCUCUGUUACAAGUCUGUCUAUCCCACUUUCACUCACAUUAAGGGCUGGAUUCAAUCCAUAUCAUGGAAGAUCUGCGGUUGAUUGAAAUCUAAAGACAAUGUUCCGUGUUUGCGGAGAAGGCAUUCACGGUGAACUCGGCUUACGCCAGACAGAGGGGUUCAUCUCGUGAGCUGAUGCCCCGGGCAAUGCUCCAAUCUGGGGUAGAGAAGGAGGUCGAGUGGCCCUCUCAGUGAAGCUGUGCUUGACUACGAUGACGAGAGAGUCUGGGGGUGAUGUCUAAAGAUGAAAUCUUGCAACUAGUGAGGUCUGGCUGCCAGAGCCUACCCAUCAGAGGCUGCCCAUCAGAGGCUGCCCAUCAGAGGCUGCCCAUCAGAGGCUGCCCACCAGAGGCUGCCCACCAGAGGCUGCCCACCAGAGGCUGCCCACAAGAGCCUGCCCACAAGAGCCUGCCCACAAGAGCCUGCCCCUCAGAGCCUGCCCCUCAGAGCCUGCCCACCAGAGGCUGCCCACCAGAGGCUGCCCACCAGAGGCUGCCCACCAGAGGCUGCCCAUCAGAGGCUGCCCACCAGAGGCUGCCCACCAGAGGCUGCCCACCAGAGGCUGCCCACCAGAGGCUGCCCACCAGAGCUGCCCACAAGAGCCUGCCCACAAGAGCCUGCCCACAAGAGCCUGCCCACAAGAGCCUGCCCAUCAGAGCCUGCCCAUCUCCUGAAAAUCUCUGUAACCCUACAUCUUCAAAGAGCAUCUUAAACAAUCAAACAGCACCCUACCUCACACCCACUCCUCACCCCUGUUAUUGAUGAGCUUAAACCUUUGGGAAAACAAAACUCUCAUUGUGGCCAAAUCCUAACUUCCCGACACAUCUCUCAUGUACUGUAUGUACUGCAUGCCAUGGACAUUGACUAGGACAGUAAUCAGUAAUGCUAGUGAACUGGGCUAGUCCAGGAUUAAAUUAGUCCAGGGUUAAAUCUUGAUCAACCAGAGACUGACACUCGUCAUCGCUGACUGGAGACAAUUACUUCUCCCAGUAAUAGACUCAAUGGACUCUCAUUAUUUUGAAUCAAGUCAAUUGUUACCUGGUCUAUAAAGCUCAAUUAUGUCUAAUUGGUGAAAGAGAGAGAGAGCGAGAGAGAGAGAGAAGACUGAGAAGUGUGCCUCAUCUCUUGCCUGUGUCCAUGUGCCUUCUGUCUAUCAUUUUAUCUGUAUGCCUGUCUGUCUAUGUUCCACUGGGCAAAAACCCAUUGAAUCAACAUUGUUUCCUCGUCAAAAAAAAGGAAUGUAAUGAAAAAAACUGAUUGUAUUUGCAAAACGUCAUCAACGUAUGGGAAUUGUCUUUUUCCCCGGAAACGUUUUACCUAAAUCCAAUAACAUUGUGACAUUUUAUGUUGAUUUCAAGUUGAGUAUACUUUAGUGGACCACUCAACCAAAUGUAACUCAAAACUAAACGUUGAAAUGGCGUCUGUGCCCAGUGGGAUGGCUCUGAGAAACAUAGCUUCUGUUCUGGUCAUACCUUAGCUCUCUGAAAAGGUCUUUUUUGUGUAUGUUCCACAUUAAAUGCCCUGGAAGAGACUAGGAGGAUGGUGGGAGAGUGGAGAUGAGAGAGGCCAGACUUCAUCUAUAUGCAGCAGGCAGCAGGCAGAAAGCAGCAGGCAGCAGGCAGCAGGCAGAAAGCAGCAGGCAGCAAGCAGCAGGCAAUAGCAGUUAAGGAUCAGUGAUGCUCCUAGCUCCAGACUCGCUUUCUCUCACAGCAGGCCAGACAGAGCAGACCCUCUUCCUCCAUCCGUCUCUCCAUAGUCUCUCAUCCCUCUCUCCAUAGUCUCUCAUCCCUCUCUCCAUAGUCUCUCAUCCAUCUCACCAGUCUCUCAUCUCUCUCUCCAUAGUCUCUCAUCCCUCUCGUUGUCUCAUUGUCCAUUCGUGAAUUCAGAGUGUUGUCUGAUUGUCCAUUCAUAAAUUCAGAGUGUUGUCUGAUUGUCCAUUCAUAAAUUCAGAGUGUUGUCUGAUUGUCCAUUUGUAAAUUCAGAGUGUGGUCUGAUUGUCCAUUCAUAAAUUCAGAGGGUUGUCUGAUUGUCCAUUCAUAAAUUCAGAGUGUUGUCUGAUUGUCCAUUCGUGAAUUCAGAGCGUUGUUUGAUUGUCCAUUUGUAAAUUCAGAGUGUUGUCUGAUUGUCCAUUCAUAAAUUCAGAGUGUUGUCUGAUUGUCCAUUCAUAAAUUCAGAGUGUUGUCUGAUUGUCCAUUCAUAAAUUCAGAGUGUUGUCUGAUUGUCCAUUCAUAAAUUCAGGGUGUUGUCUGAUUGUCCAUUCAUAAAUUCAGAGUGUUGUCUGAUUGUCCAUUCAUAGAUUCAGAUUCUUGUCUGAUUGUCCAUUCAUAAAUUCAGAGUGUUGUCUGAUUGUCCAUUCAUAAAUUCAGAGUGUUGUCUGAUUGUCCAUUCAUAAAUUCAGAGUGUUGUCUGAU